GACUUUUGUCUGCACGCUUCAAUAAACAGGAAGCCAACAGGAACCUUGACCAUGAUACACAAGUCUAGUGUUUUACCUUUCAGAUAAUAAAUAAAACACUGCUCUUUCAUGCAGACCCAGCAGCUGAACGAUAAAGCCGAGCAGCAGCGCAUUUCUGCGGGUCUGUGAGCUCCGGUAAAGCCGUUUGUCCUCCAACACGUGGAGCUCCUGCAGGUUACGUGUGUCAUUAUGUCAUGAUGAAAGACUGACAAAACUGAUGAAGUAUGUGGAGUGCAUCCUGACAUCUGCCAUCCUCUGCCAUGCUGCGGCUGCGAUUGUUUCCGGGACGUUCCCUGCGGCCGUUUCACCGUCAGGCCGUCCUGCAGGAUCCGGUGUUGGAGCACUUAAAGGCCUGUUCCUCCGAAGAGCAGGUAUUUAAUGUGGUGGGCAGAAACAAAGCCAAGCUGUCGGUCGGCCAUGUGAACUGCGCUAUUGGCCUGCUCUGGCAGUUUCAGAUCGAGCGGCCGGAGAUGCUCAGGACUUUAAAUCUGAUCCAGAAUCACCCGCAGUUCCUGACGCUUCGAGUUCUGGCUGAGAACAAGAUCAGCCUCAUGGAGGACUGCGCUCUGGUGGACACGCUUUAUAACGUGCUCAGGCUCAAAGUGGAGCAUCAUGACACUCUUGUGCAGCAGCUGGUGACGGAGGCUUGGAACCGACUGGAGAGAUUGCCGAUGGGAACACUUUCAAAGUUUGCAGUUUGCCUGAGCGACAUGUUCCUGCAACACAGCCCGCUGAUGGGUCACAUCACUCAGAUCGUGAGCCAGAGACUGGACACCAUUCAACAUGCCAAAGUCCUCACACCACUGAUGGUCAGUAUCUACGCCCUGGUGUCGCCUCAACUGCGUGAUUCAAUAAUUAAAAGAGCAGACACCCUAUUGGACCAGAUGGACCCGUUUCGCUUCAAUAACCCCAGACGAGUGGUGCAGUUCUUCAAAAACAGCAGAUACAUCCACAAACCCCUGCUGGACAAAUGCAAUCAGCUCUUCCUGCAGAACAUUGAUCAUCUGGACACGGAUGCCAUCGGUAUCAUUAUGGGACUGUAUCACACUUUGCAGUACAGUAGCAGUUAUUUUAAGGUGGCUGUGAAACAGAGACUGAUGGAGCUGAUGGAUGGAAAAACUGAUCCGGAUGUUUUCACCAAACUUUUCUCUUAUUUGGGACCCAUAGCAGGGCAAGGGGUCAGAGAGGAGUUAGAGAGGACUGCGCUUCUAUUGGCUGAUGAGCUGAAUUCCCAGCAGGCUUUAGUUGUGCUGGAGGCCAUGGAGGAUAUGCAGUGCAGGAACCUUCAGCUGAUCAACAAGAUGGAGUCGGUACUUUACAAAAAUCUGGAAACCUAUCGGCCACUGGAAAUCACUCGAAUUACUCAAGCGCUUGUCCUGCUGCACUGCCAGAAUCCCGACAUCCUCUCCAGACUGAAAACCAAACUGCUUCAUCACCUACAAAGCAGCGUGUACCCUUUUGAGGUGACUGUGCUAAUUAGGGUUCUUUCCAUGCUCCCCUCCCGCCGUCUUGACGAAGGCGUCGUGUCCCGAGUGAAUGCUGUUCUCCCACAGUGCAGCCUCAACAACCUCAACACCUACUCCAUUGUUGUGGCCAAAUGGAUUCGCAAUGACCCUUCAUAUAGGAUAAACACCCCUAGCAGGUACGUUCAGCUGCUCCAGACCCUGAACCGUUGUGGACGAGAGCGACUGAAACAUUUCCAGCGUCUGGAUGGGGUUUUGGAGGAGCUGAAGUUCAUGUCGGGGGAAUGGUUCGAGGAGAUGCUGCUGGAGAAAUCGAUUGUCACUAUGCAGAAAAUGAUCGAUCAGAUAUCCUGGACUAACGUGCAGGAGCUGGCCAUUUAUCUGACCAGGACUAACUACUUGUGUACUGCCCUGCUGGACCGCAUCGCUAGUGUGACCGUUGAAAAUAUCGACAAGAUUCAUUACUCUGAUGCAUAUAUCACACUGCUGCCUUAUGCUAUACUAAACUACGACCCACCAAUGGUAGAGGAGUUUUUUGAUGCGUGUAUUCAACAUAUCACUCCAUAUAUUGGCUCCUUUGACCCUCACCUGCUGGUUCUGAUGGCUCACGCAUUGGCGAUGGCUGAUUACUUUCCAGAGGAGAUGAUCCGAGAAAUAUUCAGCGUUGACUUUCUAGCGAAGUUGGAUGCCCAUCUUGAGACCUUUCCAGAGUCUCAGAACCUGUACAUCCGUCUCCGCCUCAUGCAGCUGAACCGCGCCGUGUGUCUGGAGUGUCCAGAGUUUCAUGUGCCAUGGUUUCAUGAGCGUUACUGUCAACAGCUGCAGAAGAGAGCCAACAGCUCCAUCAGCCCAAUCCAGCAGCAGAUCCAUAAGAUUCUUGGUGAAGUCCUGGGAGGAAUCAACUGUGCCAAAGCAGCAGUGGUGACUCCGUAUUACUAUACUGUCGAUUUUGAGCUUGUUCUGGAUCGUCAUCUGCACCCGCUGCCGUACAGUGAGCCGACUCGACUGCAGAUCAGCGGCGGUGGGAAAGGUCACUGGCAGUCUGGAUCAGCAGAGAAGGAGAGGACAGAGCUGCCGCCCGGUGCGCGCCGCAUUGGCCUGGAUUUCCUGGACUCCAGAUCCUUUUGCAGAAACACUCGGCACAUGAAAGGAGAGGCUACGAUGAAGAAAAGACAUCUGGAGAUUUUAGGAUACCAUGUAUUACAGAUUCCUCACUAUGAAUGGAACUCAAUGGAGCUUUCCACUGACGACGCAUGGAAAGAAUAUCUGAAGGAGAAAAUAUUUACAGAGUUACCAUAA